AUGGGAAACGCAGACGCUGAAGUACCCAUGAUCCGUCUGAGCUACAACGACGUGCACAACAGCAUUCAGCAAUGUGCCGCCAAGAUCCAGAAGGAGUUUGAACCGACACUCUUCAUCGCUAUCGGCGGUGGAGGCUUCAUUCCCGCUCGUAUCCUCCGCACCUUCCUCAAGACCACCACGGAAGGAAAGAAGAGGAAUAUCCCUAUCCAGGCUGUCGGCCUGACAUUGUACGAAUCCAUGGGCGGGAUUGCGGAAGUUGUCGGUAAGGAGGUCGUCCGCACACAAUGGCUUGACUUUUCAACACUGGGCAAGACCUUCAAACAUGGUGGACUUCUCGGUCGUCGUAUCCUGAUCGUGGACGAGGUAGACGACACACGGACAACCCUGAUAUAUCUCAUCCGCGAACUCCAAAAAGACAUUGACGAACAACUCCAGCUCAUCGAGAACACGGAAGACAGGGAGAAGCUCAGAGAAACGACCAAGCUCGGUAUCUUUGUCGUGCACAACAAACUGAAGGAAAAGGCAGGCGAGCUCCCCUCUGGCGUCCAGUACUUUGCAGCCCAAGAGACACCGGACGUCUGGCUCGCGUACCCCUGGGAAUGCGAUGGACAAAUUGAGGAGCACGACGCUAUGCGCUCGCAGAAUCCAAAGCCAUAG